UCGCUCUGGUGGCAGUUUUUUCUUGAAUUUUGCAAGUGGAGGCUGGCCUGACCGCAGUUUUCAAUGUUAGGUGCCACCACCUGAAAAAGAAAAAAACACAAUCAUCAUCAGCAGCAGCAGUAGAAGAAGAAGAGUUAUUUUUGUCUUACAGCAAAAUGGCGACGUCAAGAAUACCGUCUUCCACACUGUCUUUGAAACAGUUUUUACAGCGGCAGAACAUUUUGGGAAUAUACAGAAACAUAAUGAGGACUAUACGACGAGUGCCAGAUGAGACAGAUCGGAAGUAUCUCAGAGACUGGGCGAGAGAUGAAUUCAAGCGGAACCGGAAUGCCACCGACCAGGAUGCCAUUUGUAUGAUGAUCAGACAAGCUAACAACCAUCUGGAAGAGCUUCAAAGGUCCCUGGCAUUGGCUAUGAAUUAAACACAGAAAACUACUGAAGAUAAUUCUUCUGGACAUUCUGACAAAUUGGAACAGAUUGAAACCGGUGUUUGUACUCCUUGGGUUGACUGAACAUGACUUGAGGUUGGUUAAACUACUGUAUUUUAUUCCCUAGAA